CUAAGCCUUUCGAUUGUCUCAUCCUACUUUUCCCAUUAUGUGUUCCGCCUAUGUGUUUAUUCAACUCGAGCGGAAAUUGAGGUUAUGUUCCUUUUUAAAGCGACGAUUUUGAUUUUAAUUUUAAAUAAUCAUUGCACGACAACCCCUAAAGUCAUAAAUUGAUCCUUAAAUAAGCAAAAACGUCAUAAAAGAGCAGAUAAUCCCAGAAGACUUCAUGUGCGUUUUUAACUGAGCUUAUACUUUACCACAUUUUACAAUCUCAGUCCCCCGAAGAUUAUGGCGACACUAUGCCUACGAACGUUAAAUUUAAGUCGUUUGCUGAGUGUAAAUAGAUGCGAGAUUUUAUGGUCAGCCUCGCCGCUUAUUACGAAUAGCCCGAUAUCCCCCUACUAUCGCCGGCAACUCUGCAAAAAAGUCGACAAUGAGAAGGAAGGACUGUUCCAGAAGUUUAAAUCGAUGUAUCGCAACUACUGGUACGUCCUCGUUCCUGUUCACCUAGUCACCUCGGCAGCAUGGUUCGGUGGAUUUUAUUACAUGGCGAAAAGCGGUGUUGACAUUGCGGGCCUUUUAGAGAGUUGGAAUGUAAGCGAAAGUAUAACUACUAAACUUCGGGACUCCCACAUGGGAUAUUUGGCGGUUUCGUACGCCUUGUAUAAAAUAUCGACACCAAUACGGUACACCGUAACCAUUGGCGGUACGACAAUUUCCAUCAAUUAUUUACGAAAAUGGGGCUACAUAAAACCGGUACCGUCGACUGAUCGACUACGGGAAAUGUACAAGGAGCAAAAGGAGAAUCUAAUGGAAUCUUUUAAAGAAACCAAAGGCUAUUAUAAGGAAAAGAAGGAGGAUUUUUAUGAUAGUGUCAAGGAUAAGAAAGUGGAAUUGCAAAUAAAAAGGGAUCGACUCAAAACGCAAAAGGAUAAAGUCGUAAAAGACUUGGAGGAUAGUUUAGGGAAAAUUAAAAAAUGUCAGAAAUCUACCGAGUGUUCUAGCCAUCCUAAGAGAUAGACUAUUGAUUUGUAUGUUUUUUAAUUAAAUGCCCAAUAGUUUUACGAUUA